AUGCGCACAACCAGCGCAUCUGCCGUCCCAUCACUCGUCUCUGCUGAUGACGCACCUUCCUCCAUGGUCUCUUCCCCACGUACACCCUCCGAGGCUGAUCAUGACCAACCUCCUCUCCUCAAUGACAAGGACAAUUUGGGCGCAAACGAGGUCGAGAUCAAGGACGAGGAGCCAGAGGCCGUCGAUCCAGAAGAAGCCGUGCGCGCCAACAGACUCAAGUUCCUUCUGGACAAGUCGGAGAUCUACGCCAAGGUCAUUGGUGACCGCAUGGAGCGGCAGCAGGUCGAGAAGGCCAGAACGGAGGCCCUUGCCUUGAGCCGCCGUGCGAACAGGGAGAAGCGCACCGAGGCGGGCCCGAGCCGGGAGACCCGCAGCGGAGGAAAGUCUGACGCAUCACCGCUCAAGCGGAGACGGCGCGAUGAGCGGCCCUCGUCCAAGCGUGUCAAGCUCGAGGUGCCCCAGGCCAAGCCAGAGCCCCGCGAGGACGACGGUGAGCCGAAGCAGUAUUCGUUCCGACAGCCCGAUCUCGUCACCGGCGCGACACUGCGUGAUUACCAGCUAGCCGGCGUCCAGUGGAUGAUCUCGCUGUAUGAGAACGGUCUCAACGGCAUUCUCGCUGAUGAGAUGGGUCUCGGCAAGACUCUGCAGACUAUCUCUUUCUUCGCCCACCUCCGUGCCAAAGGGACAUGGGGACCAUUCCUCAUCGUCUGUCCGCUUUCUGUUCUGCACAACUGGAUUUCCGAGUUUGAGAAGUUCGCCCCUUCCAUCCCCGUUGUGAUGUACCACGGCACGCAAGAUGAGCGCGCUGAAAUCCGCGCGACACGCCUCCAACCGCCGCCCAACUCGAAUGUCGGCAACAUCCGCGAGAACGUGUACCGCAAGGGCAAGAAGCGGCCUGCUUCCGCACAUUACAAGUUCAGGCGUGGCACCAACACCACCGACACAUACCCGAUCAUUGUGACGACGUACGAGAUUUGCAUCAACGACCAGAAGCAUCUCAGUGGGCUGCUGUUCAAGUUCAUUGUAGUGGACGAGGGGCAUCGACUCAAGAACCUCGAUUGCAAGCUCAUCCGUGAGCUCAAGUCGUACACGAGUGCCAACCGCAUGAUUCUCACGGGCACGCCCCUUCAUAACAACCUCGCUGAGCUGUGGUCGCUCCUCAACUUUAUCCUGCCAGACAUCUUUGAUGACCUGGACGCGUUCCAGCAGUGGUUUAAUCUGGGCGACAUGGGGUCGGAGGGGUUACUCGACAAGACUGCCAUUGUCACGUCUCUGCAUGCCAUCCUCAAACCGUUCCUCCUACGACGCCUCAAGUCGGAGGUUGAGCGUGGCCUGCCUCCCAAGAAGGAGUACCUCCUCUACGCUCCUCUUACCCAACAACAGAAGGACUUUUAUCACGCGAUCCUGACCCGGAACCACCGCCAGUAUCUGAUUAACGCCAUCGCUGGCGUGAACCUGGACGCCGAGGAUGUCGAGUCUCUCCUUGACGGAGAGACGCCAAGCCAGGAGACAGCCGGCCGCGCCACACGUGACAAGGCUGAGAUCAAUUACCGCAUCGAAGAGAACGACCACAAAUACAUACGCAACCUUGAGAAAGCUGCUGGGACAAAGGCCGUCAUGGCCAAGCCGAAGGGUCAUUCAACCAAGGAGCAGCAGGCGCUGCAGAUCAACAAUGCCAUCAAGACGGUCAACAACAUGCGCUUGCAGAACCUUAUCAUGCAGCUGCGCAAGAUCUCGUCCCAUCCUUUCCUUUUCUACUGGCCCACAGACCCGGAAACGGGGGAGGAGAUUGUUGACGAGAGGUUAAUCAAUGCUAGUGGCAAGAUGCUGCUUCUGAACCGCCUCCUCGAUGCACUCUUCGCCAAGGGCCACAAGGUCCUGAUCUUCUCGCAGUUCACGACCAUGCUCGACAUUAUUCAAGACUGGGCCACCCUGUACAAGGGCAUCAAGCUGUGUCGUAUCGACGGCACCACGACACAGGAAGAACGUCGCUCACAGAUGGACGAGUUCAACAACGGCGGGGACAGCCCCGACGCCUGCAAGCUGUUCAUCCUCAGCACACGUGCUGGUGGCCUUGGUAUCAACUUGGUGGCGGCCGAUACGGUCAUCUUCUUCGACCAGGACUGGAAUCCCCAGAUGGACUUGCAGGCGCAGGACCGUGCGCACCGUAUCGGCCAGACCAAGCCUGUCCUCAUCUUCCGUCUGGUGUCUGAGCACACCGUCGAGACGAAGAUCCUGCAGAAGGCGGGAGACAAGCGCAAGCUCGAGGCCCUCGUAAUCCAGCAGGGCAAGUUUGGCAAGGUCGUUGACGAGAACGGGCGCGUGUUACUCGGCCGAUCCAGUACCCGAGGGCAGUCAACCGCGGACAUGGCACGCGCGCUACUUGACCUCGACGGCGAGGAGAUCAACGUCGCCGACGCAUCCGAUAAGAUCAUCUCUGACGCCGACCUCGAGGUGCUCCUCGACCGCUCGCCGGAAGCGUACGCGCGCCAGAAGGGCUGGGCUGCGGGUCUUGGUAAGGUCGGCCAGAAGGGCCGCGAGGCGCAGCUGGCCAAGGGCGAGCGCACGGCGUUCGAGGUGUUCGAAACGCAGCGCGACGAGGCUGCCGAGGGCCUCGCCCACAUGUUCGAGGGCGACGGCGAGAAGGAGGAGCAGUAG